UCUGGGAAAUAAAGAAUUAAAUAGCGGACAGACGAUUUCAUCGACAUUUUUUAUAAUAUCGUGAGUUUAAUAAAGGACAGUCGCCGUUUCCGGGUCACCAAAAAAUUCGCGUGAAUCAUUUUUUAGCAUAGUUCGUUUUGGGACGAUUCGAAUUUUCCAAACCGUUUGUGAUCUCCGAUUUUAGAAUUCUGAAAACCUUCGGGAGCGAUUGAACGUAUAAUCGUGAAACACACAGAGCCGGGACAAAGAUUUCUUUACGACUCGUACGCGAGUGUGUAUUAUAUCGCGACUGUCUCGGUUAAAAAUGGCCGAUGAUCCGUGGAGCUCACAAACACAUUUGUGGGUGGUUGUUAGUCGGAGAGCGAACACUUGACUGUUUGGAAAGCCGGAGCGUUCGGUGGUGAACCUCGAAGCGCACUGUGCUUCUGCCCUCCGACCUGACCAGUGUGACCGACCGCUUCAUCCCCUGCUUCGGAGACCGAGAAGAUCGGGACAGAUCGGUCACAAUUAGCCGCUUCGUUUGAUUUCACUCAGUAGUUACAUGUCGCAAUUCUCGAAGCUUUCAUCACCCUAAAACGCGUCCCUCGUUCGAGUCAACUGUCACAAGUGUUUUCUCUCGGCUACGCAUCUAGUUAAGGGUCGCGCGUUAUUCGGAAGUGGAGGUUUUAUUGGGCCAUAAAAAUUGCGAAACAUAAUUUUUAAAGAGAUCUGAAAAAAAAACAAGUUAACGAGGCCGAACGAAAAGAGGGACAGUUUCAUGGCUGGAGAACACGUUCUUCGUGUCGAGUGUUUCUUGUUGAAGUUCGGUGAUCUGCGAGUUUGAGGAAUAAUCGAACUUUGAGAGUUCCAGUGGUUUUGGAUUACACUUGAUCGUAUGGUGGAUACGGUGUCGUCGUUUUUACGAAAGUAACGAUCGAACUGGAAAAAGGAUUAGAGUGAAUAUUUUCGAAAACAAUUGAUAAUGUGUUAGAAUGCUGUCUACGUCUACGUCGGGAACUCCGUUUAGCGUACGCGAUAUUCUGAACGAAGAUCAGCAACUUCAAUGCGCGAUGGAUUGCUACCCUCAACAACAACAACAGCAGCAACAGCAGCAGCAGCAACAUCUUUCCCAGGACUAUUACGCGUAUAAUAUAGUAGCGGAGAAUAAUUGGGAGAUCGAAAAAUACAAGGAGCAGCAAGGGGUGAUUUCUGGAUACCAGAAUUAUCAUACGGAAAUGAAUCACGUCCAUCAACUGAGCCAAGUCAUGCCGCCGUACAAUCAGGAGAGCCCCGCAGUCGUCGAAGAGGGUAACGUAGUAACUUCCAGCAAGACGGAACUCCGUAAGAAUCAAUCCGGUAAACGUACGAAACGAAAACCUCGAGUGUUAUUUUCUCAGGCCCAAGUUUACGAGCUCGAACAGCGUUUCAAGCAGCAACGUUACCUGAGCGCACCCGAACGAGAGCUUUUGGCGCAGACGUUGAAGCUGACCAGUACACAGGUGAAAAUCUGGUUCCAGAAUCGUCGUUACAAGAACAAGCGAGCUCGCAUCGAAGACGCGGAAAAACUUCACGCUCAGAAUAUGAAGAGUCAGUCACUGAAGAAGAUUCCGGUUCCAGUUCUGAUCAAGGACGGCAAACCGAACAUACAGGAGGCUUACAACGCUCCGGCUUACUGGCCGAAUCUUCGGCCCGACAUCGGCAUGGGAAUGGGCGGCGAUUUUCGAUCGACCGACGUCCGUCUCAGCCCGGAGUUCAGGGCCAACCAAGCGGAGCACAUGCGUCUCGACACCACCAGCGUCAGCCCCGAAUUUCGAUCCGAUAUCAAUUCCGAAUUGAGCGGACGUUCGAGUCUAAAUUCCGACAUCCACAGGCACAUAAGUCCGGACUUCAGGGGCAACAAUUUGACUCCCGAAAUUCGACCUGGGACCAUGCAGUGCGACGGAAGACUGGUGAAAACCGAAUGUCGUGCUAACAUUUCUAACGAUUCGUCGCUAUUUCCCGAUCUCAAGGUCAUCGGUAUCGACACCAAACCGAUGAUCACCGACAACAGAACCGUCCAGGACAUCGCGGGAACUGAUUACAAUUUUACAAACAGCUAUCUAAGUCCUCCGAAUUAUCAGAUGCAGUACGUUAAUUACAUGGACCAAGUACCGAUGGAACAAAAUCUUCAGAGGCUGUGGUAGUUGUAUACCGUUCGAGAAUUAGGUGAAAGUGAACGAAAUUUUAACCAAAAAAGUAUUCAUUAGGAUAUAUAGUACAAUACAGUGCAGAGUUUUGUAUGAUAAUGCUGAAUGUGGAUAAACUAUACAUGUGUAGUCAACGACUCAACGAUGUAACGCACCUUAUUGGCAGCUGUAUUUUGUAAAGUAGCUAGACUAGUUUCCGUCUUUGUUUCCCGUUUAUUUUUUGUCCGGUAUAUUUUUAAGUGGUCGCUCAAGAGCGGAGCGGAAAUUCUUCGAGUGUUUUUUGCGGAAGCAUUAAUUCAGAGCUGUUGAACCUGCUCCUUGCCAAACUGCAGUUGGCGAUUGUUAUGAAGAGAUUUUUUGGGCAAUGCCUACUCAAAGAAUAAUUUUCAAAAACCCCAUAGACUUGAAUAGAAUUUAACUAGAAUUAGUUUUCGAGGAUCAAAGCGCGACGAUUCGUCGCGGUAAAAAGCACAGGCCUAUAAAAUAGCUAACGCUUCGUUAUACGAGCAUAUUGCAGCCCGAUCGGACCUGUAAAGCGAAUUUGGCAAAAAUUUCGCACAAGGAGAAAAGUACGUGCAAGAAUAAGUGAAAAAUAAACAAAUAAACAACGAUUUAGUUUAUAAAUAGGUGAGUUACGACAACUUGAGCGAUGCCAGGGGCGCUUUUAGGUUAUCAGCAAAAGCACGAUGGGUCAUCUGGCAGUCAAGUGGCCCCAACUAUAGCGUACGUUUAUAGGUGGUGGGCGCCUUUACUCUCCGCUAUAUUAUAUCGCCUUGUGCCGUUAGUACGGUGCUACCGAUGCCAUAAAGGGUCCUGGGAACGGAACGAUAAAACUGUCAGGCUUAAUUUUAUCCACCAGGUACAGAUAGGUGGGCAUAUCUGCUUCUGCUGGGAACAAGAUUAAAACCAUCGACUUCGCGCUAAACGGCUCACCCCCGUGAAUCGGGAGCCGAAAAUUAUGGUUCUCGACGAUUUUCGAUCCUCCCGUUGGCAAAUGAUCGAUCGAUUAUGGAUGUACUCAAUAAAUACUUAUAUACGUGUAAAAAUUUGAUGAAAAAAAAAAAAUAAAUAAAUAUUGUUUCGAUUUUUCUCUUCUAUAUGAAUAAAUUGUU